GCCAGAGCCAGAGUCACUCACUGUCUCUCCUGCCACUGUCACUGUCUCGAAACACCAGCUAGCUUCCAGAUUUCCUAUUCGUACUGGACGAACAUUAUCAUUAAUAACCAACCCAAUAGUUCGCUACAUGCCCAUGGAACCUCACUCUCAAGCAGAUUAAGAUGGAGUCCUGCAAAUCAGUCAUGGCAUCUCUCUUCUCCGUUUUUAAUGCAGGUUCAUUGAAUCAUAUACUCGUAUGUCUCGCCGAACCUGUUCCCCCUUACCGCGAGACCUCUUUCAAAAUCACGUCCAGAACUGGUAGGACGACUUUCAUACCAUGUCAACAAACAUGACUUCCGAAUUGCUCCGGCACAUCCUAAACAGACAUGUCACUCGUUGUCGAGCACACUCAGCAGCCGUAUCUCAAAGUCUCUGGUUUGGUGCACCUCGAACCAACUUUCUCUUUCUGCUAUCUCGCAGGCCCAAAAUAUUUGGUGUGUGCUCAGUAGUAAAGCUUGGGCGUAGCUGACGUUUGUUCGUUACUAUUCCUGCCUCAAUCGUUAACAAUCCUGAUGAUCUUUUUGCAAUGGCUGUCAUGCCGAGAUCACUUGCAGGCUUGUCGUCGAUGCAUUUUUCUUAUUUCCAGACCUCGACCAGUCUGGCGGCCAGUUCGCAGCUUUCGAAACCCACCCAAGUUUUUGAAGGCAAUGUCCUAGCCCAUUCAAGCCACUACCCCAGGUGCAUCGUUAUGGUCAGGUUAUUACUACGGUCCCCGACCCCAGCUUGAGUUUAGACAACUUUCGUUCAAUUCUUUGGUACAGACCACAAGGGGAGCUAGAGGUUCACGAUGUUCUGAGGCAUAACGAUUCGGACUGAUCCACUAGCGUGUUGAGCUGACCAAGUGGCACGAUAGCACCGCCAGGUCCAAGGCUAUCCACCAGAAUGUGCGAUCGCCCACCCUAUGAGCUUUGACCGGACAGGAAGACGGCAAACGGCAAGCGGGAGGUCUUCAAAAAUUCCUAAUCAGGUCCACGGACCAACAUUGGAUCCCAAAAUUCUCCAAUCUACCCGCAGCGGGGGGUUCCCCGCACGUGCGGAAAAAGAAAGAAGUCAGGGGUAAAGGAUUGAGAUCCAUGUUGGGCUUGCUCAGUUCAACCUCUCGUGACUGUUACCAUGGUCGUUGAUUCGCACACUGACUCACACGCAACCGGUUUUGCUGUGUACUUAGCCUGCCAGACGGGAUUAUCUUAGCAGACUUGAUCGUUGCAGAAGUGGAGUUGAACCCUGUGGUGAUCUUAGAUCAAUCGGUUGAUCAUCCGAACUGGCAAAUCCCGGCCUUCGGAAAUGCCCUUUUUCAACUACCCAGACAGCCAAGAUAUCAAUCGCUGCAUGCCAAAUAAGUUGAGAGUUGCUAGAUGGCAAUCUACACACAGGCCAACUGUUUGGGCGAUCUCCUACUUGUCUUUCAGGUGCAAAUCCAUCAGUCGCCGUUGUGGCUAGAAGUACGUAAACUUGAGGAGGCUCACGGAUAACCCCCCUAACUCUUUUGUUGCAGCCCACUGACAUUAAGUACCUGAGUCGUAAAGUCCUAUUGGGUCGCUACGGGGACAAAACCGCCACUGAGACAUUUCGAUUCAUAGAUCUUUGAGCCAUGGGCUCUCCAAAAGGUUUGAGAUCUGGAAACCAGAUCUGGUUGUGGUAUGGCCCGGCAACACUAACAUCAACGGACCGGCGCCAACCAGCUCUAGCUCAGGCCAGAACUCACCCGUUUGACCCGUUGUCAAGUCGUCUUUCCGCACGGACAUGCAGUGUUCUCAAAGUGUCGAACAGGUUGCUGGCGUGUGAUGGCGGGGCUGCCACAAGUUCUAGCUUUCCAUUCGCGGCCUUCUUCCAUUUCGAGAAAGACAGGCGACGAGAUGUCAAAGCGCAGGUGGCAGAGAAACGGCAGUUACUUUCAUUAUUAUUGAAUUCAUAGAGGUGCAAGCUAUGUUGUCGUUGCGAUCACCUACCCUUAGUCUUCUACCGCCCUUUCCAAAGUAAUUUGUUACUGCCCUGGAGACCGAUCAUGUAGAUCAGUCAACCAUGUUCGGCAAGGACCGGUACUCUCCACCAGCCGCACAAAAUUCUGCACUCCCCGGAGUUCGGAGGCGUCUCCUAUGAGCACUGCCUCCGCGUACCUGGCAUGUGCAGGAAAGGCUCUGCAGAUUGAAGCAGCUUGUGCAACUUAACUUGUGGCGAUAAUGCAAGCCACUGAAGCACCCGAUGGUCGAUUGGCUCCUCAUCGAUUCAUCCCACUACUUUGCUGCGAACACCUCAACAUUAGACUAAUGAAGUGUGGUUUGGUUAUGUUGGCGUUGCAGUAGUGUUUGGAGCUGUUGACAACUUGACGUUGAUCUAGCUUUUGCUUCCUUACCAUAAGUCGUUGGACUAGGCUAUCACAUCCAGCCACCCAGUCUAUCAAGUCCAUGCACACGGCUCGUACUUGUCGCAAUCUCCAGGGCUUCCAUUCAUAUUGAGGUACCUUCUCCGAUGUUUCCCAUGCUUUCUCCUUUCCCAUGGCCCGUGAAAUGCCUGCAUCAUGAGAACCUUGACAUUGUUUGCAGCCCUGCAAAUAUGUGCAUCGGCCGUUGCACAGCAAUCAACGCCUCUCGGAGAGUACCUGGCAACAUAUCCGGACUGUGCAGCUCAAUGUUCGGUUCCUGUUGUUGACAGCCUGGGUAAUAGCAAUAGCUCUCUUGUGGAAGUGAGCGCCGCUUUGUGUCCGGAUAUACCUUCUAUGCAGACCAUUUCAGCAUGUAUACAAACUACCUGCAGUGUCGCAGAUGUAAAGACUGCAUGGCCAGUUCAAAGGAAUCUCUGCAAGGACUUUCAGACACCUUCAAAAUCAGCUUAUAUUCGAAAUCUUACGAUCAUCAUGGCUCUCCUUGCAGCAGUAUUUGUUCUGCUUCGAUGCUACUCCCGAACCAUGAUCGUGAAGAGGUUCUGGUGGGAUGAUUGGAAUACGGCUGUUGCUGCUUUAUUUAUGGUUAUGAUAGCAGUGGUUAUGAUCUGGGAUUCGACAAUUGGCUUGGGCCUUCAUGCCUGGGACGUUGAUGGUCCUGCAAACCUUGUCCAGAUCGCUAAGGUUUUUUACGUCAUGAAGCUCUUCUAUAUAAUCGUGCAAGUCUUACUUAAGGUCUCCAUCCUGCUCUUCUACCUCCGCGUCUUUCCAGUCCAAUGGAUGCAGGUGGUUACAUGGUUUCUAAUAGUCUUCACACUACUUCACGGUGUCGGAUUCUUCUUUCCAAUUCUCUUCCAGUGUAAGCCUGUCGCUAUGCUGUGGAACCCCCUUCUGCAAGGUCACUGCAUAAACCUGGAGACGAUCAUAUUCCCAGGUGCCAUUUUUUCGAUUGUCGAAGAUCUCGCGAUCCUUCUUCUGCCCAUUCCAUGUUUAAGCAAAUUGAACGUUGGAAAGGGCAAAAAGAUAAGUUUGAUAUUCAUGUUCAGUGUGGGAAUCAUUGCUUGCGUUAUCAGUAUCAUCCGCGUCAAACCUGUCAUUUACUACCGCGAUACACUCGAUCACUCCUGGGACACGAUACAUCUUCUUGCCUGGUCCGAAGCUGAACUAACAGUGGCGACGAUCUGCGUCUGUCUUCCAUCAAUAAAGCCGAUUCUUAACCACCACGUUCCUCGAUACUUUGGCUCGAAUUCUGGAGUGGGAUUUGUGGUCGGCAACAUCUCGCCAGAGCCACCGAGCGUAGACCGCGACUUGAUCGACAGCGUGCAAAGCGAAAACCAGCGGACCUGGCUUGGCAGUCGACUGACUUUCAAGACAUUCGGAACCUUCGGAAAGUCCAGCAAGCAGUUAAGCGAAGGCAGCGAUUUUGUGAGCGGGAACGCAGCUCGAGAAGAAGCCGUCCUCGAUGAGAACGAGAGGAAGGGAUGGAGAGAGACCAAUAACGAGCCCGAGGAGAGACUGGAUCUCCCGACAAGAGAGAGCCAAAUGCCGAGGACUCCCCGUCGAGCGCUAGUAACUUUGGCUGAUGAUGAGACGCGGACAUCUAUCGACCAUGAUCGUGAUCCUUGGAUGGAGAAAGUCAAGCGCAUCAGGCAUCUCAGCGAAGUUACUUACGAUUCCAGUAACCCGCGAAGUGCGACUGGGAGUCGGGCUGAGGACAGAGUUAUGAGUAUGGGUACUGUGCCCGAUCAAGCGGACCGUGGCAGACCAACCGAGCCUCGCGAGCGUGUACAGAGUAUGACUGAGGUCAGGGAAGUACCUAUCUUUUUGGAGAACAGUAGUCAAGUGGGUCAGGCGGGGAGCUACGAAGAGGGUAGUGAUGCGGAUGCUGCGAGUAAUGAGACAGGUAGUGCGGCCAGGAGUUGGAGGAGCUGGAGCUGGCAUGGUGGGACGCAAAGAGAUUGGAGGAUAAGUUCGGUGAGGAUCAGUAGGUUUCGAAUUAGUGCUUUUGGACCGAGGAGUGAUGGUUCGAGUAUGGCGGAGAGUAGAGAGGAGGUUUAAUGUUUCGAUGCAUGAGAUAUGUGGAAUAUGGGACGGAGUUUGGUGUCGGGAGUUAGAAAACAUGGCCUAAUGAAUAAUGAGAACAGAAUGAUAUUAUGAAACAC